AUGGAUGAAGGAGAAGAAGUGAAAUCAAAAGGAGGUAACUUUGGGGACGUAAUGGAAGGAGUGGCUUCAAUAGCACUGUUACCAUCUGGGGCCAUAUCAGGCCACUUCAUCCACCGCCAAAACUCCAUUAGCAUUUGCUACGGUCUUUUUGGAACUGAGUUGGCAUGUGAAAAGGAGUGUAGCAGGGGUGAGGAUUAUCGUCUGAUCAAGCUUGAAAUCAUAGACUACAGUAGAAAGAAAGAAAAGGUUGUGGUUGUAGAGUGUAGAGGCCAUGAUGCUGCUAGGUUGCAGAGCAUUGAUCAUGCUCAUGGUUGGGAGGAGGAUGUUGUGGAUCUGGUUGAAGAACAGCAUGGGAAGGACAAGCUUUUGGUUUCUUUCAACUGUGAGACUCUGAAAUCUGAUAAAGCAGCAGAAGAUCAUAUCAAACAGUUUAUGCCCAAGUUAGCUGGCCUGGAUGCUAUUGUCAACAUUGGUAAGAUGACCAUUGCUGGGUUGAACUUCGAAGCAGAGGAAUGA